AUGGCAUCAGCGGCAGCAAGCACGGCGGCCGCGGCCACGACUCAGGCCGCACGCGGGGGCUUCUUCCGACGACGCAUCGCCACGCCCAUCAAGGAGGGUACGCAAGCGCUGAUUCGCGACUACCGCGAUGUUUUUGUCAACAUGGCCAAGGAUGCUCGUGAUCGGCCCUUCCUGGCCGCGCUGAAGCUUGCCGCAGCCGGUACCCUGGCCUACGCUUGUGUCGAGACACCAGACGAGCACAGCUUUGAGAGCCGCCUGAUGGAUUCGGCCUCGGACAUUAUCGAAUGCGCCGGUGUUCACAACGAAAAGUCAAACAACUAUGUGCAGCGACUGAUGGCCCUCCGUGGUGAGGGCCGCCUGGGCUAUCUCUACCUCGGCCCCUGUGCCAUCAUGUAUGAGAAACGCAAAAAGGAAGGUACCGAGGUUUUUGCCGCAGACUACAUGCCCUGGCGCCUUGAAAUCAAAUGGAUCUGGGACCACAUUAUUGAAUGGGGCUAUUUUCAGCAGUGGCCUCAACUUGAAGCCAUGAUGGUCGAUUAUGACAUUGUGGAUGAGUAG